GUCGCUAGUGUGUCUGCACCAAUCACGUCACAAUUGCAUGACGUCGGUCAUCUUCUUGGACGUGGAUGGCGUGCUGAACCGCGUCGACGGUCCGUGCCUCCUCGAAGCGACGCUUGUCCGCCGCAUUUCGCGUCUCUUGGCGAGCAGCGACGCGCGGCUCGUCCUCUCGAGUACGUGGCGAGCGCAUCCGAAGCAGUUGGUAAUGCUCUGGCACGCGUUGGCGGCCGCGCACGUGCCGCUGCAGCGCGUUCUGGGCGUCACGCCGCGCUUGCCGAUGGGCGCGACUCGCGUCGACGAAAUCGCAGCGUACCUCGCGGCCAUGCCGUCGCCGCCAUCGCACUGGGUGGCGAUCGACGACCUGCCGCUGGCCCUGCCGGCUCACCACUUUGUGCGCACCGACCCCACGAAAGGUAUGACGCUUGCCAACGUCCACGCGGUGCUGCAAACCCUUGGCGAGACGACGACGACGAGCGACGACGAUGACGAUACCUGGCGCUAUUGCCUGGCACUGACGAUGACAACGGGCGGCGAUAACGGCGUCUCGGUGGCCAACGCAGCGCUUCUCGACCGAGAUAGGCGCGUCGUGCUGCAGCGGUUCGAGGCGCCGGGUAGCGACUGGCACGCAUUGUACACGUGGGUGCGGCGCGAGCUACCGCUCGAGGCGGUCGUGACGGUCGUCUCGUCGCCCGUCGUCUUGGGAGACUGUGACGAUCCCUACGCCCUUCUCUUGCUCCUGCAAGCCGUGGACGUGUCGUCGAUCGCUGCACCUGUAGCUCACGGAACUCUCGCGCGCCGCAUCCUCGAUGGUGUGACCAGCGCCCUCCCCUGCCCGUGGACCCAGCACCCGUUCCGCAGCCUGCCACCCGUCGACCUCGUUGCCGUCGUGGAAGGUCUUCCCUCGGACCCCAACGACGUUGCGACCGACGUACGUUUGCAGCUGCUCGACACGUACUCGGGACGCGUCGUCACGGAGCACAUGACGCGCUACGAGGUUCGCGCUGAUGAUGCAGUCCAUGGCGCCAUGCUGCGUCUCCAGCGGUCGCUCGCGACAUGGCUCGAGGCGCCGAUGUACGCGCGCUCGGUUGUGCUAGCCGGUUGCAAUGUGACUGGGUGGGUGCGCGCCUGUGCACGCCACGGGGUGCCUGCGACCGGCCACACUUGCAUCGACGCCAGCCGAGCCAUCGUCGGAACAGCGGCCAUUACGAAUAUAUUUGAGAGUGGCUCCGUCGCAGCGACGAGCGCGCAUGCGGUCGAGCCGGGGGCCGCCUUCAACCUGGAUGCACCCGCGGCGCACGUCGCUGACCUCUUGGAGCUGCUCCCGGCGCGUGUCGCCGCCUCUGUGACACCGUCGACGCGAGUAUUUUGGCGCGACGCUGCGCUGCGGCUCAUCACCUGGACGCCGCACCACUACACUCGCAAGACGCUCUUCGACUAUGUGCUGCGGGGCGAGAUUGCCAGCGUAGCGAGCCUCGACGCCGUCCUCGCCUGCGCAUCCGAUCUCGACGAUCUUGACGACAUCGUAUGGGUAUAGAGCACCAAAAUCCUCGUUUCAACCAUGAA